UGACUUUUGAUAAAGAUCAUCAAGAUAAAGAGCUCCACAAAAAUCAUAUCAGUAACCUUUGGAUAUUCUCAUCCACUAUAUUAGACUUUAAUCUUCGUUGCUUGAAGGCAUAAUAUCGUUCUCGCCAGUGCGACCAUAUUAGUUUCUGCACACUGCACUUAGUUUUUCACCAUACUCAACAGGAUGGGUCGAAGUAAAAACAAAAUAAUUAAAAGAAAAAUGGACGUAGAUAAGGAAGUUCAGCGCCUAGAGGGCUUCAUGAAAGAUUCCCAGGCCAACUUGAGUGAAAUAGUCAGAAUCUAUUAUCGCAUUGCAAAAGAUGCAAGUUCUGAUGCGUCCAGCGCUAUUCCCAUCCUCAACAAAUUAGCAGUUCAAUUGCUGUCGUCUGAAGUGAUUAAGAUCUUGAAAAAACAUAGGCUGGACGCCUUUACUUACGUGCUGGUCGCCAACAACCUACUGGACGUGGAUGAUGUCAAAGAUGACUUGGAAAACGGAGACGUAUUGGUGACUAACGCUCCAUCCAAUGCGAUCAGGAAGCUCAAAGCAGAGCUCGGUGUUGUAUCAGUUUUUCCGCCCGCAACACCAGCAGCGGAAUGCGAACCACCAACACCGCCAGGCAACCCACAAGGGUCAACGAGCAGCAGGAAUUAUUUGGAUCACAAAACUGCAUCAACCACUGACGAGAACAGACUACCAAUAGAAAUUAUAAACCAAUUUAACAAUAUGAAAAAAGUUAACGACAUGAUCUUGUACAAGUUGCCAUUGAAUCGAUCAUCAACUUUCUCCGGAGCAUCUUCCAUCGUAAGGCGAUUCAGCUUCGGUGAGCCAGAUCCUUCCGGAAGCAAGACAUGCAAAACAAUUCUUCUGAUGGGUGCCACCGGUUCAGGCAAGACCACCAUGAUCAACGCCAUGAUUAAUUAUGUAUUGGGUGUUCAAUGGGACGAUCCCUUUCGUUUCAUACUUAUCGAUGAAGACGUGACAUCUCAAGCGUUUAGCCAAACCAGAAAGGUGACGGCGUACGACAUCCAUUACAGAAAUGGUUUCUGCGUUCCUUAUUCUCUGACAAUUGUCGACACUCCUGGAUUCGGAGAUACUGAAGGUAUCGAGCGCGACCAAGAAAUCACUUCGGCCGUCAAGCAAUUCUUUGAAAACAGAAAUGGCAUUCAAGAAUUAGACGCUGUUGGUUUUGUAGUGCAGUCUGCGCUGGCUCGCCUCACGAGCUCUCAGACGUACAUCUUCAAUUCGGUUUUGUCCAUUUUCGGCAAAGAUAUUGGGGAAAAUGUUCGCUUCCUGGUCACUUUCGCUGAUGGAGGGGAGCCUUCAGUCUUAGCAGCCAUUAAGGAGGCUAAGCUUCCUUGCCUAAUGGAUGCCAACAAGGAUCCCUGUCACCAGAGUUUUAAUAACCGUUGGGUCUUCGUCUCGAAUCAAACACCAGGUGAUCAUUUGUCUCCUAUCGAAUGGGACAACUUAAUGCAAAAUUUUCAAUCCUUUUUUACCGAGUUGUCCAAAAUGCCGAUCAAAUCGCUCCAACUCACCAAAGAAGUACUGAACAGCCGUGAAAGUCUACGCAUCACUAUUCAAGGUCUAGCAGCGACCAUCCAGGCGCACUUGAUGAAGAUGGAAGAGCUGCGGAGGAUAGAGGAAAUCAUCGCCUUGUACAAAGACCAUGUUGACGCUAAUAAGAACUUUGAAAUCACGGUGAAAGUACCCAAGAAGAAGCGAAUUGAGGUUGAAAUGUAUGCAGCCCUGAAUUGCUUAAUGUGCGAAGUAACGUGCCAUUAUCCUUGUAACCCGGUUCUGUGGACGGGCUUUUGCCCUGUGUUCUGGGGUUUAGAAACAUUUUCAUCAUUAAAAUCGAGUUUUCUAGCGUGCAAAGUCUGCCCGGGAAAGUGCGCAACUACAGACCACGCAAACGAACUCACUAAGUGGAUAUACGUUCAAGAAGAAGAGACUCGCACUCUCAAUGAAAUUCGCAAAAAGUACGAGGACGCAAUGGCAAAGACGCUUAGUUUUGAAGAACUAAAGAAUGCCUUGCAAGGAGAGGCGGAGCAACUGAAAUUCAAAAUCAUGAAAGCGAUGGAUGAGAUCACUCGCUGCUCAAAUCUUUUAAAUGAGAUAGCACUGCGAGGUGAUUCCCUCUCCACUCCCGAAUAUAUUAACUUGAUGAUUGAAAACGAAAACAAGGAAAAAAAACCUGGUUACUUGGAAAGGAUUAAAAGUUUUGAAGACCUGUUGAGAAAGGCUGAACUUACGAAAGACGUUACCGACGGCGGUGAUUUAGCCAAGCAGUUCAAAAAGUAAGUUGACAUACAGAUCUGCCAAGGAAUACUAUAGCAAAGAGGAUUUCUUUUGUUAUUAAGCAAAUGUGAGAAAAUUGAAUUAUCACAGCAAAUUGGCUUUGAAGUGCACUUGCAAAAUUUUAAAAUUUAUUGCUUUCCGCCUUUAUUUUUUAUGGUUUUUUGAAUUGUGAGUGGGCAGGGUGGGUUUUUAAUGUAGAACUGAAUAAUUUCAUCGAUGGCUUCUAGUGUGAUUGCUAAAUAUUCGUUAAUCUUUUCCAUUUCUUUAAAAAUAGCAAGGUGUGAUACGGAUUAUGAAAAGGCUUGUUGAAAUUCGGACUGUGAAAUAGAUUUAGAAGGGGCCAAUGUGAUGUCAUUGUAAUACAUUGCACCUGAUUGGGAUUUGAAAA